AGAUGUCGGGCCGCGGCAAGGGCGGAAAGGGUCUCGGCAAGGGCGGCGCGAAGCGGCACCGGAAGGUGCUGCGCGACAACAUCCAGGGCAUCACCAAGCCGGCCAUCCGCCGCCUGGCGCGCCGCGGCGGCGUCAAGCGCAUCUCCGGCCUCAUCUACGAGGAGACCCGCGGCGUGCUCAAGAUCUUCCUCGAGAACGUCAUCCGCGACGCAGUCACCUACACCGAGCACGCCAGGCGCAAGACCGUCACCGCCAUGGACGUCGUCUACGCGCUCAAGCGCCAGGGGCGCACACUCUACGGCUUCGGAGGCUAGGCCUCUCUCUCCUGCCUCUGCGGUCACCAGAUUAGACCAGAUGGUGUUUAGGGUUCGUAGCUGUUGUUGCUGUCCGGUGUAGUCGUCGUGUCUCGCUGUUGUUUGCUGCUGUUGUUCUGUGAUGCGUUGGAUGUACUAGGUCGAGCUGAACCUCUGGUUCGGUGGAAUGGAAUGGGAAUUUCGCUAGUUAAUCCUU